CCCUCCCAGCCAGUCCCGAGGAGGCGGGGCCGGCGCACGGCCUCCCGGGGUUCCUCUGCGAACGGGGCCUGGAGGUCAUCGCUGUCGCCUUAGCUGUGGCCGGGGAGAACCCAGACAGGCGCUACUGACUGACUGACGGACCGACGGCCAUGGCUGUGUCCCUGCUGGUCCGGGGCUGCGGCCCGGUCAGCCGAGCUCUCUGUUCCCAGGGCUGGAGGCAGCUGCACACCAUCUACCAGUCUGUAGAGCUGCCUGAGACACACCAAAUGCUUCGCCAAACAUGCCGGGACUUUGCCGAGAAGGAGCUGGCCCCCGUUGCUGGACAGCUGGACAAGGAACACUGUUUCCCUGGUGCUCAGGUGCAGAAGCUGGGGAAGCUGGGGCUCCUGGCUAUGGAUGUGCCUGAGGAACUCAACGGUGCUGGGCUUGACUACCUGGCCUAUGCCAUCGCUCUGGAGGAGAUCAGCCGGGGUUGUGCGUCCACCGGAGUCAUCAUGAGUGUCAACAAUUCUCUCUAUUUAGGGCCCAUCCUGAAGUUCGGAUCCAGGGACCAGAAGCAGCAGUGGAUCUCACCCUUUACCAGCGGUGACAAAAUUGGCUGCUUUGCUCUCAGUGAACCAGGGAAUGGCAGUGAUGCUGGGGCCGCUUCCACCACCGCGAGAUUGGAGGGGGAUUCAUGGGUACUGAACGGCACCAAAGCCUGGAUCACCAAUGCCUGGGAAGCCUCAGCUGCUGUGGUCUUUGCCACCAGUGACAAGCCCUUGAAACACAAGGGCAUCACGGCCUUCCUGGUUCCCAUGCCGACACCCGGGCUGUCCCUGGGGAAGAAGGAAGACAAGCUGGGUAUCCGAGCCUCCUCCACGGCCAACCUCAUCUUUGAGGACUGUCGCAUUCCCAAGGACAACAUGCUGGGGGAGAUGGGCAUGGGUUUCAAGAUUGCCAUGCAAACCCUGGACAUGGGCCGGAUCGGCAUCGCUGCCCAGGCCCUGGGCAUUGCCCAAGCUUCCUUGGACUGCGCCGUGGACUACGCUGAGAAGCGUGUGGCCUUUGGCUCCCCUCUCACCAAGCUGCAGAACAUCCAGUUCAAGUUGGCAGACAUGGCCCUGGCCCUGGAGAGUGCCCGGCUGCUGACCUGGCGGGCUGCCAUGCUCAAGGAUAACCGGAAGCCCUUCACCAAGGAGUCUGCGAUGGCUAAACUGGCAGCAUCGGAGGCCGCCACGAGGAUCUCCCACCAGGCCAUUCAGAUCCUGGGCGGGAUGGGCUAUGUGACCGAGAUGCCAGCCGAGCGCCAUUACCGGGACGCCCGGAUCACUGAGAUCUAUGAGGGCACCAGUGAGAUCCAGCGGCUGGUGAUUGCUGGACACCUGCUGAAGAGCUACCAAAGCUGAGCGGCUGGGGAGGGCGUGGCUGCGGGUGGCCCUGCCCAGCCUCACCAGGCCAUGGGUGGGUGGGCUCUCUCACUAAAAAGGGCUUUGUCUGUGUGUUGCUGCUUCCUCCAGAACAGGGCUGCCCCGGCAGGUCCUGGUGCCAGCUCUGGGCUGGCCCUUUGGGGUAGAAAGGGGGCUUUUGUGAGCUUAGACCUUGUGGACAUUACCCACUGCCUUGGGCUCCUCAUCCCAAAUUUGCCUGGCUGCUGUGAUCAGCCUCCACAGAUAGCAAACCUCAGGGAAGAACGUGGCUGCUCCCGGCAGCCCAUGGUGCUUCAGUUUCCUCAUCUGUAAGACAUCUGGCAUCCAGCUCAUCCUUUUUUGUGGAAGGGCUGGAGAAGUGCUCAGCCCUCUGGGGCCCCAGAGAGCUUGCAGACAUCGAUCCCACCAGCACUGAGGUGGAGCAGGCUCCUUGGAGCUCCCUCCUGGGGUUGGGAGGUGCACCAAGGGGAAGAUUGGGCCAACCAGUGGCCAUUGAGUGCCCAGUGCAGGAGAAGGGAGGAAGGAGACCCUGGGGAGGGGAUCCAGCCCCAGGAAGCCUGGGCCAUACCUGGGCAUUCUUGGUUCUUUUGAAAUCAUGUGACUUUGGAAGCAAAUGGCACAAUAAACAUGCCACUCACCCAGCUCUAGCUCUUAAAAAAAAUUAAAUUUUAUUUCAGACAAA